AUGGCGCCCAAGAAAAUCAUUAUCGACACUGACCCGGGAAUCGACGAUAUCCUCGCUCUUUUGCUGGCUUUUUCCCAGAAGGCAGAGGACGUUGAAGUCCUGUUAGUUUCUCUGACGUUCGGAAAUGUCGAGGUGAAGAGCUGUUUACGCAAUGUUGUCUCCAUGUUCCACAUCCUCGAGAGGGAGAUGAAGUGGCGCCAUGAGAACGGUAAGCCUGAGGGCUUUGACGCAUUGCGGGCUCAUCCCCCGAUUGUCGCACUCGGCGCAGAGGAUCCUCUCGAUGAUCAGAAGAUGCUCGCAGACUACUUCCAUGGUAUUGAUGGCUUGGGUGGAAUCCAUGGUAGCCAUCCGCAUUUGACUCCCCAAGAUGCAUGGGAGCAUCUUUUCGACCCAACUCACGAGCCUGUUGAGCUGGAACCUGUACCAUCUGGCUCUGGAGCACACCGGUCAUUUAUCCCUUCGAAGCGUCCUGCGCACGAAGAGAUGCUCCGCAUUUUGCGCGAAAAUGACCCGGACACCGUCACCAUUGUCGCUGUCGGACCACUCACCAACCUGGCCGUGGCUUCUGCUGCUGACCCAGAGGCAUUUCUACGUGCCAAGGAAGUCGUCGUCAUGGGCGGAGCCGUUCAUGAACCUGGAAAUGUAACGCCUGUUGCCGAGUUUAACGCAUAUGCCGACGCAUUCGCCGCCGCCCGGGUAUAUGCCCUCACUUCGCCUUCUCCCAAGAGCACCCUACCUUUCUGCAAGAGUCUACCGGAUCUCCCACCCAGCCUCAGCAAGCAGCUUACAGUCAAGAUCUUCCCUCUGGACAUCACGUCAAGGCACAGUAUCAACCGCGGUCAGUUCCGAAAAGCAACAGCCCCUCUGGUAGAGGCUGGCUCACCGCUUGCUGAGUGGUCUACCGCAUUCAUGGCGCACACAUUCGCCACCGUUGAAAGACUACAUGCGAACCAGGUCGGAGAUGCUGCGGAACUCAGUCUUCACGAUCCAGUGUGUGUAUGGUAUGCUCUGACUGCCGAGGACGAGGGCUGGAAGCCGUCCGAGAAAUCUCCCGAGGAUAUCAGGAUCGAGACCACUGGUCAGUGGACGCGGGGAGCGUGUAUAAUUGACCGCCGUGACCGGCAUCCCGUCGAGGGGGAGGAGGAAAGCUCGAGCGACCACGGUUUAUGGCUGAGUUCGAAAGCCGGAAACCGGAUCUGGAGGAUGGACGAGUCUCCAGUGGAGGAUAACUUUGGGACGGUUCUUAUCGAGCAGCUAUUCAUUUGA